UUUUUCGUUUUGUUUGGUGUAGGGCCGGUCGGAAGGGAUUAAUGGCAUUUUCCUAAUUCCUAAUCCCACCGGAUUUGGGACGCCCGAACCUUUCGAGUCGAAGCUCGUCCUCGUCCCUCUCGACGUGUUGCGUGUUUGGGAUUGUUUUGGUGUGCGCGGGCGGCCAUCUUGGUGGGCAGCAAACGGGAGGACGGCGACUCCCAACUGGAACGCGGAGAAGCAACCCCCCCCCCCCCCAAAAAAAAAAAAAAAAAAAUAUGUCCAAAGUGUUAGCCGGCCCCGUUUUCGCUGCAAUUUAAAGGAAAAUGUUCUCGAACGUUCCUCGCCAGCUCCCGUUUGAGUGCGGCGCGGCUAAAAUGAGCGAAGAUCGCGGCGAGUGUUUCGCCGGAUAAAUCCUGGACGAGGUCGAACGACGACUGCCGCAGCGGCUCCCCUUCCCCUUCCCUUCCCUUCCCCUUCCCGGUCCCCCCUGUAUGUGCUUUACGUUUCUUGGAUAAAGAAGGGACUAUGAAUGGAGGAUAAAUGUUGCCGAAGGCGGACAGCAGCAGUUUCGUCCUUUUCUCUCUGCUCUUUGUCCUCACGCUGACGGACCCGCCGCGGCCAGGUGCCCGGCUAGCGCUGGCAAGAUUAUUGUCAGAUCAGCGCUGCAGCCCCGGGCAGUUCGCCUGCCGCAGCGGCAAGAUGCAGUGCAUCCCCGUGACCUGGCAGUGCGACGGCUGGACGGCGUGCGAGGACCACAGCGAUGAGACGGACUGUCCCCCCAUCAAGGAGGAGCGGUUUCGUUUCGGCCAAGGUUACGAGCAGGUGGAGGACGUCGUCGGCGUGGCUCAGCCCGUGCGCUUCAACACAGAGAAAUGCCCCAACGGCUGGCACCACUACGAGAAGACGGCCAGCUGCUACAAGGUCUACCAGCGCAGCGAGAACUACUGGCAGGCGGCCGACAUCUGCCAGAAGGUGGACGGCUCGCUGGCCACGUUCGUCACGGACGAGGAGCUGCAGUUCAUCCUGAAGAUCGAGGUGGACUUUGACGACCAAGCGUGCCAGCUCAGAGACCAGUGCAAGUUCUGGGUGGGCUACCAGUACGUGAUCACAAACCAGAACCACUCCGUGGAAGGCCACUGGGAGGUGGUUUACAACGCAGGGCCCGUGCAGGUGUUCCUGCCGCCCGACGGGCUGCCCAACCUGGGCCAGGCCAACCAGGAGAACGUCUUCUGCGCCCAGUUGCAGCGUUUCCAGCUCAAGAGCAUGAACGAGCGCGGCCUGCACAGCUGGCACGCCGAGAACUGCAACAAGGAGUUUCCCUUCCUCUGCAAACGCAAGCAAACGUGCGUGGACAUCAAGGACAACGUGGUGGGCGAGGGCUACUACUUCACGCCCAAGGGCGACGACCCGUGCCUGAGCUGCACGUGUCACGACGGGGAGCCCGAGAUGUGCGUGGCCGCGCUCUGCGAGCGGCCGCAGGGGUGCCAGCACUUUCGCAAGGACCCCAAGGAGUGCUGCAAGUUCACGUGCCUCGACCCAGACGGCAGCAGCCUGUUCGACUCGAUGGCCAGCGGGAUGCGUCUGAUCGUCAGCUGCAUCUCGUCCUUCCUCAUCCUGUCGCUGCUGCUCUUCAUGGUGCAUCGGCUGCGCCAGCGCCGACGCCAGCGCAUCGAAACGCUCAUCGGAGGAAACUUGCAUCACUUCAACCUGGGCCGACGCGUGCCCGGCUUCGACUACGGGCCCGACGCCUUCGGGACGGGCCUGACGCCGCUGCAUCUGUCGGACGACGGCGAGGGGGGCGCCUUCCACUUCCAGGAGCCCCCGCCGCCCUACGCCGCCUACAAGUACCCCGACAUCCAACACCCCGACGACCCCCCGCCCCCCUACGAGGCGUCCAUCGAGCCCGACAGCCUCCUCUACGUGGACCUCAGACACGGCGGCGCCCCGGUGACGGCGGGCCGCCGCGACCCGGUCCCGGCGACGGCCUCCCAGGCCAGGGAGGACUCGGUGGACAGCAGCACCCUCCUGGUGGGACCCGACGCCCGGGACCCCCCGUCCGACUGCGCCUCUCCGUCCUCCCUCAGCACGGCCGUGUGAGACGAAGAACCGCUUCUUUGUGUGUAAAGAAGACUAAGUUGAGGCUGGAUUUGUACUCCCCAGGAUGUAAAUAAGCCCCUCAGGUAGGUCAACGUGUACCCCGAGGCAGGCGACGCCCUUUGUGCUCCUGCCUUCGUUCCUUCCUUCCUUCUUUCACUGUGGCGACUUUUCCUCCGGACGGAGAAGGAACUUGAAAAAUAGCAUCACGCGCUCCUCAUCCUCAUGGACAUUUUUUUUUUUUUUUUGGACAAUCAUCUCCCCAUAAACAGGAAAAUUAUAACGUUUCAUGUCAGAUGGGUUCAGCCAAAAUUUCAAAUAUUUUCCCUUCAAAUGACUUUUGUGGUGUACAUUUUUUUUUUUUUUUUUUUUUGGGCCAUAUUUUGUCUCUUUUGCCUUAAAUUCCCCUCAUAAAAUAAUCGACCUUUAAAAGUUUUUUCCUCAGCUAAACUCCAACGGAAUUCUGAUAAAAUGAGGCAUUUACACAAAUUAUUCAGUAAUUUUUUUGGGUUGUAGUAUUAUUAAGGUUAUUUGUGGGCUAAUAUGGCAUUUUUAAAAAAUUCUUUAUCCCCAUGAAUUUAUUUUUUUUUUUUUCAUGUAGAACGAGAACCUUUUUCACAAGCAUUUACGCACAAAAGGAUGACUUUUUUUUUUUUUUUUUUUUUUUUUGUAGUCCGACUUUUGGGAAGUGAAACGACGCUCGUUGUAUGUAAAAUUUUGAUUUGUUCUCGUGAUGUUUUGAUUUUUUUUUUGGGAAGAUCAAAUUGUGUCGAAAAUGGACUUUUCCCGUAAAUUGACAUUUGUUGCAUGCGUAGACCUUUUCCAAAUUUAUUCGUCCGAGACAUUGUAGGAAAUGACAUUUUAUUUUCUGUAAAAUGACAAACUUUACAUUUAAAGCACGGCUGUCAAAGUGGCGGCCCGAGGGCCAGAUCCAGGCCGCCGGGUCGUUUUGUGUGGCCCGCGAAAGCGAAUCAAAAGGAGCCAAUUGUGUUCGGAUGCAAUAACGUUGAGAUAUUGCAAGCGUUUUUGUCGCCUAUAAAUCCCGCUUUGAAAAGAAAUCUUGUAGUUACGCACGUUUUUUUUGUUGUUGUUGUUUUAUAGGCUGGUUAUUUAUCAAUUUGUUGUGCAUUUCUAAUUAUAUGAGGUGAUAAUUCCUUCAUACGGUCAUAACGGUCCUUCGAGGGAAGUCAGAAGUACGAUGUGGCCUGUGACACCCCUCUUCUAAAAUGGAUAGAUUUUUCCCGAUAUAUUUUUUUUUGUGGGGGGGGGGGACAUAUUUUUCAUACCAAAUUGCACCAAUUUUUUUUUUUACAUUUAAAACUGCAAAAUGUUAAGUAUGUUCUUGUAAAAUAAUUUUUCCUUUGUAAUUCUCCAACUUUUUGGGGAUGUCAAAUUCCCUUUUUUUUUUGCCAUGUGACGAAAAUUGUUGAAUGCAACGCGACAACUGAAAACGUGAACGCGUCAUGAAAAAUAAUUCAAAUUGAUUUAAAGCGAUGGACGACACCCUUUUCCUCCACCUCCUUCUUACCUUUCGUCACUCGCUCACUUCAUUUUUUUCAUGAUCAUCUCCUUGUCCUUCAUUUCAGGUGAUGUGCUUGUUCUGCCACCAUAUUGGUUUGCCCCCGCCCCCCCCCGCAUGUUUUCUUUCUUCGUUGAACUGCAGUGCCUGUUGAUUUUUUUUUUUUUUUUUUUUUUUUUUAAAUUUUUCUUUGACAGAUCCCAAGACAUGAAUUUGGGGGGAGGGACCGAUACUGAAUAGUAAUUUGUGCUCGCCAACCAGGCGUAAGAUGCGCAUGAACUACAAAUUUGCACGCUUUAAUAUUUCUCUUGUGGCCAAUUUGGACAACCCGGUACACAAAUAUCGUGUACUUUGGCUACAAAUUGCACAUCCGCUAUGUUUAUUUCUAAUAAUUUUGCGCUCCAAAUGUCCAGUAAUGUUAUUUUUAUUUUGCGCGUACAUUAUACCUAAUCUCUGGCUGCAAAUGAAUAUUUGAUGUAUAAAUUUGAAAUAAUUCCCCCCUUGCCCCGUUGUCUUGUCUUGCUAUGCGUUUCUGAAUGCAUGCUGGGAUGAUUUUAUUAUAUAUUUUUUUAAAUUAUGCCCAACCCUCAGCCCCCCCCCCCCCCCCCCCCACACACACACACCUGGUCGACAUGUGUUCUCUGAUCUCUCUGAAUGCAAGCAAGCAGUACUGUUAAUUUUUCCGAUUCGACUUUUUCCCGGUUUUGCAUCGAACGUCUUUUUGAUUCUUUGGCAGCCCGGCAACAAAGCGAUGCCCUCGUUUGUUUGUUUGUUUGUACAGGAGGCGUUUUGUGUUUGGAUGUCAAUUAGAUGUACUGUACGUCAAAUCUAAUGCCAAAUAAACAAAAUGACACACCGUG